AUGAUUCAAGAAUCAUAUAAUGGAGGCAGAGCAACACAAGGUCACUCCACAUCUGGCUAUGGAAGUGGCUAUGGAAGGGGGCAGUAUGGAAGAGGAAACUAUAGCCAGGGAAGAAAUUACUCUCAAUUUUCUCAAUCUAAUAAGCCACAAUGCCAGAUCUGCGAUAAAAUAGGACACACAGCAAAGACAUGCUGGUAUAGGUAUAGUGAGGAACAGUAUGAUGCAGGUUACAAUGAAGAAGGCUACAACAAUCAGAUCACUCAACCCAAGGCCAACUAUAGUAAUGUGCUGGCAACUCCAGCAACCAUUCAGGAUCCGAACUGGUACCUUGAUUCAGGUGCUACACACCACAUGACACAUGAUGAGCAGAAUCUGAUGGAGAAGGAGGAGUAUGGAGGAAAUGAGCAAGUUGUGAUAGGCAACGGAACAGGAAAACAAGAAAGUUAUUCUUCAAGGGAAUGUUGAUAAAGGGUUGUAUAAGUUUGUCAGGUUCACCACUGCAUACACACCAGCAGCCUAUGUU